UUAGCAUUUCUCUUUCCUGACAUGCAGAGUAAUUUACAUUCAAAAUGUUGUAGAGAAGAGAAAAUGGAUCAGCCUCAUGUAUAUUUUGUUUGAUGUUUGUGUCAUUUGAAGUUUAAUACAAGAUUUGGAGUAGUUUGUUGCUCAGAAUUACACAAAAAGAAACUCUGUUUGCAAUACUCUCCUUAAAAGUAUUCAUAACCUUUACUGCAAACAAAAACUGUCUUCUCAAUCUUAAUUAGUUACAAAUGACGAGAUACUUGUGCACCAAGAAAUGAUCCUUUGCUCCAGAGUGAAUGAAUCCGAAUUCAAACAUCAAUUUUUAUAUAUUAAAAUCUCACCUUAAAGUCUGAAAUUUGAUAUGUUCUUUGGUAAAUCAGACAGCAAUAUCUGAUCAGAUCAAAUAUUGUUAUGUUGUUUUCUCUUUGUACAUGUGAAGAUGGAAGUGAUACUGUAAUCUCCAUUAACUACCCUCUCAAAAGUAAAGAACAAUAUUUAUUUUAACACUAAUUAGCCCAAGUGCAGAGUACUAUGACGUUUCAGUGUAAUUAAAUUGCUAAUCAUUGAGAGCCUAAAGAAGGGACAAUGUUCAACGGAUCAAUUAGAGAAGAUUUACGAAGGACAAGUGGUCAACAUUGUGGUAAUACUCUAUUCAUUUUUAUAACUCCCCUUAAAUCAUUUGUCAACAUUAAAAUUCUUUUGUUUUGUUUAUUUCUUCUCUCUUCUGUCAUAUAUUCUCUAUUACACCUUGUGUCUCCUUGUCUCCUAUUAAGAUAAUAGUAAGUCUACGUAGAUAUAUACACAUAUGAGUAGGAAAUGAAUCGUUCCACGACCUUCUUGAACAAGAUUCUCCUACUACUCUUAUUGUUUUAAAAAACCCUAGAUUCUUGGACCUAUAAUGGCGUUAGCUUUCUUUUUUUUUUUUUUUCCCAACUGAGUUUAUUAAAAUUAAGGGACAAGCCCAACCAAGAAACAUUACAAUAAAAGCCCACGCAUCCGGCCCAACUAGUAUAAACAAAAAAACGGGCCUAAACUUUAAACCCCACGCGGCCCAAACUUAUGGAAACCCUAGUUUUCCAAGCAUGCCACCGUAACCGGCGCCGCAAGCCACCAGAACGAGACCGGCCGAUCUUCCCCGCUUGAGAACCUUCCUCGGAGAGCAUCCAUCGAUCUAACCUAUCGAGAUCUCGUCCAAAACCCAAGCCAAACGGUUAACCACACACCAAAGCGGAUCUAUGAAAUCACUCGAGCAAAUAACCGCCUACAAUCAAUCCAUCACCUCCGACUUCCAUGCAGCGGUUUCAGAUGAUAGAUCAAGAGACAGAGAGACUUUGAAGCGCCGACUCAUAGAUCGAGAAGAAAGGGAAUAAAAAACUGAACCAAAGAAAACGAAACCGAAGAAGGCGAUACUAGAGGAGCUACCACCCACCGGGAACACAAGCCGACGACAGCGGUACUGACAAAGCCACCGCCUCCCGGUAGCAAAAGCCGACGCGGCAGAGCUGUGGAAGCCUCUACCUCUCGGUAACAAAACCGGCGGCGGCGGAGCUGUCAAAGCCUCCACCUCCCGGAACCGGAAAACCACCGAAAAACAAAUCCCACACAGCUAAAUCGAGACGAAAGAAAGCUUAAACGAAAACCAAAAAACAAGAACAAACCGGACCGACGGUGGCUGUGGAAGCCCACUCCGCCGGUCGGCGAGACUUUUUUCUUUUACUCUCUUUCGCUUUCUUGGUGUUAAUGGCGUUAGCUUUCUUCUUUGUGUCAAUUUUUUUAAAUAUAAAUAUCUCAUUGGAAAACGUUUCUCUGUGCUGUCGUGUUUUUUCCUGAUGCAACAGAGUUUUGAGUUUGCCAGCGAUGAUGUAGGAGGCAAGAAGAGACAAGAUAAUCAUAAUAAUCAAGAGAGCUUGACGUUGCUGGCUUCAUGACCACAUAGAGAUUAUUAAACUAAUCAAAAGGAGAUAAUUAUGCAAAUUUCCUCAUUUUGUUAAGGUUUUAACACAUGCCCAUUUGCUCUUACAUUAAAUUUUUAAAAAGGUUCUUUUGGGUUUAUCUGUUGAAUUUUCAUCUGUUAUAUAUAUAUCUUUGGAGUCUCUCAACCUUCACACACCAAAACUUGUUUUAAACUUUCAUCUUCUUUUGAAGCUAAAACAAGAUGGCAGCAUCAACUUCCUAUGCAAAGACUAGGUCUAUUAGUUUGCCUACAAGACUAAUCCAUCCAAAAGCAAAGAGAGUAGAAGAAGAGCUGAAAAAGAUUAAAGCCUUGAACUCUUCCUCAUCAGCUUCUUCUCGCAUCCAACUUGGACUUGCCCGGCUCGUCGAGCUCUACGACUUUGUUAAUCAACAAGUCAUUAGUUCUCCUCAAGGCCAACAAGUCCUUUGCCUUUCUCACAACGCAAAACUUGUUGAAGAAUCUCUUGAUGAAUCCAUCUUGUUGCUCGAUGUAGCUGACUUCGCAAGAGACUUGAUAGGAACAUUCUUGGAGCGAAUCCAAGAUCUUCAAUCCACUAUACGUAGACGUGGAGGAGAUAACUCGAUAGUUCAGUCAGAGAUCAGCGCUUACAUCAGGUUUCAGAAGAAGUUCAAGAACUCAGCGAGUAGACAACUUAAAUCCGUUGCAAGAACACAAACAAAGAAGAAGUGUCCGGUGAUCAAACAGUCCAAGACUCUUGAUCAACAUGCUUCUAUGGUGUCCAACAUUCUAAGGCAGUCACACACAUCGACGAUCUCUAUUUUCAAGUCCCUCUUGCAGUUUCUUUCUUCUUCGAGUGAGAACCAGAAGAAGAAUGGUGAAGUUGGAUGCGUAGAUAACUCAAUGAUCCGUUCUUUUUAUGGAAGAAUCAUUGGUAAGAAGACUGCAAAGGUCAUUGAUGUGAAAACGAUGCUGGGGAGAUUAGCUAUGCUUAGUGUGAGCCUUGAAGCAAUUAUGGAUGACCUAAGUUACUUGUCAAGACGACUUAUUCAACAUAGAGCGUCUCUUUUGAAUAUUGUUACUCAAUAAAACAAGGACAAAAGAGUUUGUAUAUUUUGUGUAAAAAAAAAAAGUUUUGUAGGGAUGGAGUUAUUAAAGAAAAGAGUUAAAUCGCAUUUUGACAGUCCAUUUUCAUGAAAGUUUUGUAUAGAGUUUACACGUUAAUUUAAAUCUUAGCAAACAAGAUAAACAAAAGAAUAAUAAUAAAUAAAACUGGAGCAUGUGUAUAUAUUCCUAAACCUAUAUAUGUGGUGCAUUAUCAUCAUCAUCAUCGCCGGAAUUGGAGUGUAUACUUUUUGUGUACGAUGAUGAUCCACGGAAGCACAACUCAGAAAUAAUUUAUUUGUUUUGUUCCGGGAAAUUAAUAAUCCAAUUACAGAAUGUAGAAGAGAUUCUCUAUUUAUUGGCUCAUGUCAUGCUAACGAGCAACUUGCCCAUGUUAUAUGGUUUUAAAUUUGUAUAAGAAUAUAAACUUGUUAGAAGUUUGUGAAUACGAACACUAUUUGAUUUAAUCCCUUAUAUAUAUGUCAUCUCUAUUCUCUAAUUUUCUUCUGCUAACCUCUGGCUUGAGCCAGCCAUGUAAACUUUUUGUUAAAUAUAAAUGCGUUAAGCAAAAAAAAACCCAACAUAUAUUUGACCAACUUCUUGAAUGAAAAAAGGAAAAAAAUUGAAUUAAAAGCCGUGUGGGAGAAAAAAUAUUUAAUGUUUCAAAAAUUUAUAUAUUUAUCCAAAUAUUAAAUACAUUAUAUAUAUCUGUAAAUUCUGAAAUUUUCUGCAGGGUUGACUACUGUAUAAUUAUGCUUGUACUAAAAUAAUAGAGUAUUAUUUUUUUAUGAGGCACUUGUAAGCAAUUGAUAAACUAAAUUGAAUCCAGUACGGAUGCUAUUAUGAAGCAGGUUCAGCUAUGCAUUUUAUUAUUGGAGUUGUGUUCAAUUUAGGGGAAAAUGGGUAGUGACUAAUAUAUGUUGACUAUUAAUUAAGUCUUUGGAUUAUAUAAAAUAAUUAUUAUCUAUACUAUGAAAGCAGAAUUCCUAAUAGGAUUAUGCCCUUAACUUUUGGAGUUAUUUACAUUGUUAUGCCACUAAUUUUUUUCUUUUUAAUAAAAUAAAUAAAUAAGAAAAUAUUCUAAAACAACAAUCAACUUAUUCUCCGCAAACACUACAAGAAAACACAAGUUUUACGAGGGCAGUUUUCCUCGUUAAUUCGUCGUAAA